CUUGGAGUUGUAUAUAUUCGAGUUUGCUGCAUUUCCUAUAUACUUAUAUACAGUGCAACCGAGCACAGAAACGAGCAACAUCUUAUCAGACCUAUACUCCAGUACUACUAUACACAGCGAUAAGAAUGGGCGAACGCGACAACGUAAAAACCCACGCCCACAUCCCAUCCCUCGACUCACGGCCUCAUAACGAGAGGAAUGAGCCGAUUGUCUCGCAUGGUCGAGGAGGAAAAGGAAAUAUAGCACCGGAUCCAACGCCAUACGUUGACGCCGCUAUCGUCCGCGAAGGACCAUAUGGUGAUCAAGGCGAUGGUGCUUAUUCGGCUGGUCGCGGCGGAGCAGGAAACAUCAACUCCCAACACGUCCACCCAACGUCCAACGUUCCGCACGAUGCCGUUGUCGUCCCCGAACCCGCGAUUGUACCGACAUCCGGUGAGGGAGAUUUUCAUGUUGGGCGCGGCGGCCAAGGAAACGUGUACCUGGACAAAGAACACGCGAAAGAGAAAGAGGAGAAGAAGGAGGAGAGGAAACGGAUUGGGAUGGGGCUGCUGGAUAAAGUGAAACAUUUGUUUGGGUUUGGGAAGUAGACUUUGUUUAUCCAAAGUUAACGAUUACGAGUAUGCGUGAUGACGAGCAA